AUGUCUACCACUAGCCAGGUAGAAUAUGAGGCCGGAGACAUUGCAUGGAUAAUCACAUCUACAGCUUUGGUCCUUCUCAUGGUCCCAGGCGCAGGCCUCUUCUACGCAGGUCUGGGACGUCGAAAGUCAGCACUAUCUCUGUUCUUCCUCCCCAUCGCAGCAGCCUGCAUCGUGUUUUUUCAGUGGUUCCUCUGGGGCUAUUCAUUGGCUUUCUCCCACAGUGCAAGUGCCUUCAUUGGCGAUUUUGCGAACGUCGGGUUUCGCAACGUUCUUGAUCGACCGUCUGUGGCCUCUGCCAGAAUUCCGGACCUUGUUUUCGCCGUCUACCAAGGUCAAUUUGCGGCACUGACCGCAGCGCUGGCUAUCGGAGCAGUUGCAGAGCGUGGGCGUCCAGCUCCAGCUCUGCUGUUCGUUUUCGUUUGGACUACGCUUGUGUACGAUCCAAUCGCAUGCUGGACAUGGAACCCAGCAGGUUGGGUUCUCAAGUUGGGAGGCCUUGACUUUGCGGGUGGCACACCGGUCCACAUCGCUAGCGGGUCUGCGGCACUUGCGUAUUCGUUCAUGCUAGGCAAGCGACGUGGCCAUGGCACAUUCGAGUUGAACUUUCGACCACAAAAUACAAUUCUGGUUAUCCUGGGCACCCUCUUUCUGUGGGUGGGGUGGUUUGGAUUUAAUGCUGGCAGUGCGUUGAGCGCUGGUAUGAGAUCUGCUAUGGCUGCUGUGGUGACGAACUUGGCAGCCGCAGUUGGUGGUAUAACGUGGUGUGCUAUGGACUAUCGACUCGAAGGAAAGUUCUCAGCAAUUGGUCUCUGCUCUGGGGUUGUUGCUGGAUUGGUGGUCAUUACUCCUGGUUCUGGAUAUGUUCCACCUUGGUCAGCCCUCAUCUAUGGCGUCCUUGCUGGUGUCGUGUGUAAUUAUGCCACCAAAAUCAAGUUGUGGAUCGGAGUGGACGAUGCGCUGGAUAUCUUUGCUAUUCAUGGCGUCGGCGGCUUACUUGGUGACCUUUUGACUGGGCUAUUCGCAGCAGACUAUAUUGCAGCCCUAGGUGGCACCACGAUCCCGGGUGGCUUUGUCAACCACCAUUAUGUGCAACUGGCGAUCCAGCUCGCAGACGGAGUUACAGGAGGAGUGUACUCUUUCGUUGUUAGCUGUGCAAUUCUGUUUGUAAUCAGCUAUAUCCCGAGUAUGCAUCUUCGUGCGUCAGAUGCAGACGAGGUUCUUGGGAUGGACGAGAUCGGUCAUGGUGAAUUCGCAUACGAUUACUGCGAAAUCGACCGAGAUGUUGCAAACAGUGUCGAAGAGACGAUCGCGAUGCGUCAGGAUCGUAUGAGAUAUUCGCAGAGUGAGGUGAGGUUUGAUGCUGAUGAUAUCAGCUUGCAACAGUAUGCUGUACGACCAGGGACAAAAGAGUAG